UCAUAAUCACCGCCAGGGGAUCACUUCAGUUCCUCGUACGCCAUGUCUGCAAUAGAGCUAAUGGAAUUGACGAAUUGGUGCUGAAAGAAUGCUCCGGCGGCGAUAUUUAGCUGCUUUUUAAUAUUAAUAACGUUCCGUCCUUUCUGUUAACUGCAGUGCACAACAGGAAAAUGUCCAAUGAAAAAUUACGCGCAACGUUGAAUUCCGAGUACCCGCUGCACUGGUUAGCUUGGCAUAACGAUUACGAUGGCCUGAAAAAACUACUGGACAACAAUAAGGAUAACAUUGAACAACUGGAUUGCAGAGGAAGGACACCUUUAAUGCUGGCCGUGACAUUAGGUCACUUGGAGGCCUCAAAAGCACUCCUUAACCACGGUGCCAACGUCAACGUCGAGAACAGAGAAGGAUACACAGUGGUACACGAAGCUAUAAGCACAGGGGAUCCUGAACUGUUAGCAGAGGUUCUAACGCACAGGGAUCUUCAGAGGUACAGCUCCUCCAUUGGUGGCAUUCCCGACCUUUUAAAGCGCCUUAGAGAUACACCUGACUUUUAUGUUGAAAUGAAGUGGGAGUUCACAAGUUGGGUUCCCCUUGUAUCGCGGAUGUGCCCUAGUGAUACGUACAGGGUCUACAAAAGUGGCCCAUGUGUCCGUAUUGAUACAACGCUGCUGGGGUUUGACCAGUCCAGUUGGCAGAGAGGGAGAAGGAGCUACAUUUUCAAAGGCCAAGAAGACCUUGCAAUGAUGAUGGAGGUGGACCACGAUGCUUGUCAGGUGACAGUAGAGCAGAUACAGGUAGUCCCUCCUGAGUUCAUGGACCUCGCGGGCAACCUGAGGCCAUCACAGGAUGUUGUCUCAGAACGUCUCACGUCACCAGUUGUGAACACGUAUAUUGACACUAACAAGAUCAGCUUCGAACGGAACAAGAGUGGAAUCCUGGGUUGGAGGAGUGAUAAGUGUGAAAUAGUGAACGGGCAUAAUUGUAAGGUGUUUAGUGCUACUAAUGUUGAGUUGGUAACAAAGACGAGGAUGGAACAUCUGUCCGAGAACGACAAGCAGCGACACAAAGCAGCGAGAUCGCCAUUGCAGUCUUUUCUUGGUUCCAUCGAAGUUGAAGAAAAGUCUAACGGGUACUUCGAUGCAAGUGAGGACGUGACAGAGUGGAGGAGCAACCCGUGCCACAUCACUCCGGAGGAAUACUUCAACUGUCAGGUGGAUUUGAGUAAUCGGGACAUUGGACGGCCAAGGGACACCACUGUGCGCACGCAGAAAUUCAGAGCUAACCUAUGGCUAUGUGAAGACUAUCCUCUUUCUUUACCUCAGCAGAUCCUCCCCAUAGUGGACCUGAUGUCCAUCAAUAGCUCACAUUUUGCAAGACUACGAGAUUUUAUAACGCUUCAACUGCCAGCAGGAUUUCCAGUGAAGAUAGAGAUACCAUUAUUCCACGUGUUAAAUGCAAGAAUCACUUUUGGCAACAUCAAUGCACUGAACGAGUCCGUUCCUGGGGUUACAACGCUUCAGAACAACGGUGUAGUGAAUUGUACCAUUGACAGUUUCUGCUUUGAAGCACCUACAGGCUAUGCAAGGCUGGGCACGCCCGGGCCACGGCAGUUUGGCAUCAGCGAAGAUGACAAGCUCCUCCAGUACGCAAUCGAACAGUCGCUCAUGGAGGCAGGUAGUGAGAAGGAUCAGGUCACUGUUUGGGAGGCACUGAGAGCCACUAAUCCGGUUUCUGUUCUUAAAAUAGAAGAAGAUCAUUACUUGCAAAGAGCCAUUCAGGAAAGCCUUGAAAGUUUGCAGUGCUUGCCUUCAGAAGAGAAUACCAAGCCACCAGUAGCUAGAGAAGAUGAACCUGAUGCUGAUCUUGCUGCUGCAAUUGCCCUUUCUGAACAGGUCAAGGAAGAAGAGGAGCGCCGCCUUCGAGAAGAACAGGAAACUCUAGAGCACAUUCUUCAACUUUCCCUCAAAGAAAAGUGACAGUUUUAUACAUUGCUUAUGGAUGUGAAGCUUCCCUUUUAAUACAAGUGAUGGUACAUGCUGCACCUGUGAUGACUGAAUUAGUAUAACAUUUUUUUUUGUGUAGAGUUUUAAAAGUUUGCUUUGAUACUUCAGCCUGUGUAUUCAGAACUGCGUGGAAUCCUUGGCAUGCGCUGAUAAAGUCGAUUUUAAUGCUCCCCGAGGUGCAAAGUCAGUGUAUUUCGUAUUUAUAUGGCACAGAUGUGGCAUUGUUCUGCAAGUUGCAAAGUGAUAUGUACCGUUCUCAAUGCAUGCCCGAAAGUUGAAAAAUAUGCAGGACAGUAGUUUGGACAGAAGUCACACAAAGUGUUUGCCGCUUAACACUAAAUUAUGAAUGACGUGAAUGUACAGGAGGUGAUGUGUAACUGACUGUCAGCUAGCUUAUUUCGUUUCGUCUCAUUUAUUUAUCUGAGAUGCCUAAAAAGGUGUUGCAAUUUAUUUGCUAUAGAUGAGCCCCACUAAGGGUUCAUGUUUAACGUUAAUAAGCAGAUCGGGGUAAAAUGUGGCAAACGCACGCAUCUGGUAGCUGUCUCUUGCUGUAAAUUUGAACUUUCACUUGAAAGGGAAUGUCAGUUACUAGCAGUGGCUGCGUUCCAAAACUAACUCCAGAGUAGAGUAGAGUCACGUGACCACGUUACCAUGGGAGCAGGGGAGCCCUCGGGUAGGUCCUGAAACGGGCGUGAGCACGACUCUCAACAUGGCGACAGCAGACGACAGUGACAUUUGGGCACCGGGACAUCAGAGCCGCUGGCCGCCGCAUCACUUCAGUGUGAUGGUGUUGACUUUGGUAUGGGGUCAUCCGCGUGUGUUCAUAAAGCAUUCACGCAAUGAAUUAGGGGUAUCUACCGCGCGUUCCAAGAAACGGUAGCGCUGUUCUGAUCCGCAGUUAGCUCUAACAUGCGUAGAAGCAGCUUUCAAUCUUCACAUGCAGCGAGCUGAUGUGUGUUGUACAUAUGAUUUCGAUGCAGACAACAGCUUUGACAUCACUAUUCUUAGCUACCCCAGUCUGACAGGGAGUAGAGCGAGUCAGUCUUGGGAAGCUACUCCCGAGUAGGCGACCCGCUUUUGGAACUGUGGUCGUGACAUCAUUGAGUAGGUUUUGGAAUGCGGAGUGUACCUACUCCCUACUCUCGGGCAGACACGAGUAAUUUCUGGAACGCAGCCAGUAGCCGGCUGAGGUGCGACAUAUAGUUGUACCAAGGCCUGAUAAUAAAAUUUUAGUUGAGCAAAAAGUUUCAUUACCCCUUACGUGCAAAAUUUUUUAUUUUUUUUUGUCAAGUGUUGAGCAGCAGGAAGUGAUGGCAAGCAGGUUGCUUGCCAACAUUUUACUACGUCAUCGUGUAAGCCUGUUGUUUGCCCUCCACACACAUUUCUUGGAGGAGCUGAUUUUGUUAUUCUUUCCAGAGUUGCGCCAGCCUAUGGAGACAGCCGUGGUUUGACGUAUCCCUGUAUUUAUGCGACGAUGCGAGAAGACACUCGCUCGCAAGCACCCUCUCUGGGGUUUGAGGGAUGCGCUGCCGGGUUCGAACUCUCCAGCCUCCAGACAGCACACCAUGGUCAUGCUGCGUGCCUCAUAAACUGCACUUUACUCGAGCUUUAACCGCACCACUGCAUGCAGCACAUUCAGAGCAGCUACCUCCUGGUGGCUGGAUGGCACAGUUGGGAAUACAUUCACCACUUCCUCAGACCCUGGACGGGGUGCUUGUGCAAUAUAAUGCAGGAAUGCAUCAUGCCAGGGCAGAGUUUCUGCAGGAUGGCACAUCCUCGGAAAGAACAUCUCUAUUGCUGCAACAAUUGUUCAUAACACUGGGUGGUCAGAUAUAAGGUGGAACGUUUUGGCAUCCCUCUGUCUUCACGUGUCUGAAAGGUUGACCCGCAAUGUUUUUAAAAAUUGCUUUGUAUUUAAUAUUGUUCACAUUUCAGUCAUUCUACAAUUUGGCAAAAGUUAUUUCUUCAUAGUACUGAUCCUUAGCUGCAAACAAUUGCAACAGAAGACAGUUUCCUUUCUACCUUAUUGUAAGGUUCUCAACUGUUCCCUGUGCCACUACAAGUGUAUUUAAUUUUAUGAGUAGAGAAGUGGUAUUUCUCUAUUAUGUUCCACGUAUUUAAUCACUGCACUCAAGAGGAGCAUUGCAGUGAAAAAGCUUUUCUAGUCUCGUGAUCUGACUAUUUUUUGUACAAAACAACAGUAGGUGAAGACAUAUGUAAGAGCUGCAACAGCUUCUAUGCAUUCAUCUUAAUCAUGCAUUGUGAGCAGAGGUUUUAUAUAAGUAUUAUUUAUCUGUUUCCCAAUAUAGUAAGCAAAAAUAAAUUAUUCUUUUCUUUGGA